GCAUAUGUAAUCUACUGAAGCUGUACUGCGAUUCUUGGUCGUGACGUUUGAAUGACGUCGUCCAAUCAGCUGCAGGAUUCCCCGUAGCCCCGCCCCCUCCUUACUGUCUAUUUAUAAUAUUGCAACAGCGGCUCUCUGACAGCGACUGGAGGACAGAUGCUGCACCGCCAACUACUGCUACUCCUCCAUGGAUGCGACUUUAUACCUUUAACCCGACAGCCGGCACCGCUCAGACUGAGAUAACCUGUGUUUGACUUGUUCCUACCUAGAUCUUGACGUAUACAUAUUUCUUCGCUCUUCAAUAAUAUAAACCUGAAAUAAAAACGCACCAUGACAGAAGGAGGCAACCACAUGCCGGAAGGUGAAACAGCGGGGACAACGGAGGAGGUGCCGGCCGGUGAGCCCGCGGAGGAGAAGCCUUCACCGCCGGCGGAGGAGGAGAAGAAGGAGAACGGGGACAGCAAAGUGACCGUACCGGAGCAGGCAGCGGCGGCCGGAGCAUCGGAGGAGGAGGUUGAGUUCGUCCACCCGGAGGGCGGCUGGGGCUGGGUUGUCAUGCUGGCUGCUAUGUGGUGUAACGGCUCCGUGUUCGGGAUCCAGAACGCCUUCGGGAUUCUGUUCCUCUCUCUGCUGCGGGAGUUCGGCUCCGAGGACGACGACGACCUCCGCUUCAAGACAGCAUGGGUGGGCUCCCUGUCCAUGGGGAUGAUCUUCUUCUGUUCUCCCAUCGUCAGCGUCUUCACCGACAUCCUCGGCUGCAGAGUUACCGCAGUGGGCGGCGCUGCUGUCGGCCUCGUCGGCCUACUGGCCAGCUCCUUUGUCACGUCCCUGGGCCCCCUGUAUUUCACAUACGGCAUUGUGUUCGCCUGCGGCUGCUCUUUCGCCUACCAGCCCAGCUUGGUCAUCCUGGGCCACUACUUCAAGAAGCGCCUGGGUCUGGUGAACGGCAUCGUGACGGCCGGCAGCAGCGUCUUCACCAUCACCCUGCCCUUUGUGCUGUCGGGCCUGCUGGAAAAAGUGGGCCUCCAGAACACCAUGCGCGUACUCUGCAUCCUCAUGUUCGUGCUGAUGCUGGCCGGCUUCACCUACAGGCCCCUGUUGCCGGUCAAAUCCAGCAACACCCGCACAGGCAGCCGGUGCCCACCCAUGAGCCGGAUCUUCAACGUCAACAUCUGGAAGUCUUUGGGAUAUCGCAUUUGGGCCUUCGGUAUCCCUGCAGCCCUCUAUGGCUACUUUGUGCCUUACGUUCACCUGAUGAAGCACGUGGAGGAGCGUUUUGGAGCAGACGCCAGUAAAGAGGUUCUGCUCAUGUGCAUCGGCAUCACGUCCGGCGUGGGCCGUCUCAUCUUUGGCAGGGUGGCGGACUACGUCAAUGGAGUCAACAAAGUCUACCUGCAGGUGACCUCCUUCUUCGUCAUCGGCAUCAUGUCCAUGAUGAUCCCUCUGUGCCACAUCUUCGGCGGGCUGAUUGCCGUGUGCCUGCUGAUGGGGCUGUUCGACGGCUGCUUCAUCUGCAUCAUGGCCCCCAUCGCCUUCGAGCUGGUCGGGGACAACGACGUAUCCCAGGCCAUCGGCUUCCUGCUGGGCCUGAUGUCUGUGCCCAUGACUGUGGGGCCCCCCAUCGCAGGUUUCCUGAGGGACCGACUGGGCAGCUACGACGUGGCCUUUUACCUGGCGGGUAUCCCCCCGAUCUUCGGAGGAGCCGUGCUGUGUCUGAUACCGUGGGUGGAGGCCAGGCGCAAGAGGAGGGAGAAAGAGGCGGCUCUCGACAAGGAGCAGGACGUCACCCAGAGGAUGAUCGAGAACGAGAAGGCUCUGGAGGACGCGCAGAGCAGAACCGGAGAGUCUGUCCUCUAAAGAGCCCACCCCCCCGCUGAGCAGACUGACAGAGAGAGACAGAGGUCAGGGGUCAGACUGAGUACUGAGACACAGUAUGAGUAAGAUUGUAAUGACUGCCUUCAGUAGGACAACAUGCCAAAGUGAUGAAACAUAUCAGAUACAGGGGGAGUACAGUUUAACAUGAAUGUGAUCCUGAAGAACUAUGCAUUAGAUUGUUUGACUGAACUAAUCUUACAACAGGCAAACUUGAAGUUUUAAAUGAAAAUUGAGAAACCUGCACAUUUCGUAUUUGUCACAAGGGAAAGAAGACGCGCUGGUCUUACUAUGAAUGCAGUGUCACAGGUUUAACCAGUGUCUCUUUUACCAAACACACUGUGAGGUGGCAUUCUUAAGGGAAAGGUGGACUUGUGCCAAUCAGUUUUCAUCUCUACCUAAUGUAUUUAGAUGUGGCAUAAAAAGAACACAUAUUGGAUUAUAGAAGACAGGAAGCCAGUCGCGUGUGGGAACAUAACUUGAUUUAGCCUCAGUCAAAGAAAGCAAACUGGUCUGCUAAAGAUUUCUCCUUAAAGCUGCCAUCUCCAGUGUCCCCUCAGACAGGAUUCUCCUGCUAACGCCGUCUGAAAGCCUAAAUUGUAAAUGCUGUCUGAGGGGUGAUGUGUUAUUUCAAAGGGACAUACAGAACAGAGUGCUCUGAGAGGUCAUUAUUAGUGUUAAGACUUCAAGGGAAACAGCUUUAUGAUUUUACAUCCUGUCUGAAACACUGAUGCAUCAUCUCAAGACAAGCAGCUCUGUCCUCCAGGCUGGAUCCAGGAAAUCUCAUCUUUUUUUUUUUUUUACAACGGACUGUACUCAAGGCUGGAUUACCAACUGGGCACGGUGCGGCCCCCACACCCUCAGGGGCCCCAAAGGGCUCCACGUUCACCACAAUUAGCUUGUGGUAAUUCAUUAAUUGCAUAAUAGAUUGGUAAUCAUGUAUGCACCACUAAAGCACAGUAUAAAAUGAAACACCUGCAUUAUUACAUCAUCUCGAGGUCCCACUGUGUGUAGGGGGCCCAAGGUAAAAUCUACAGUUAAGGUCUUAAUUAUUUAAAGGGGACAUAUCAUGAAAACUCACUUUUUCAGUGCGUGUGCACAUCCAUCUGGGUAUCUGGAGUACCUACCAACCCACAUUCUGUGAAAUAAGACAACCCAGUCAGUUUUUAGUGGGCUGUCUAGAUCAGAAAACAUGUGAUUCAACAAGCCGUUCAGAUUUGGCUCCCCUUCCUAUGUCACAAGUAGGCUUAUAAUGGCGCAUUCACACCAAGUGUGAAGCGAACUUUUCGCGCGCCGGGAUUACAUACAAAGUCAAUGAAAAGAGGCGAAUACAUGCAAAUUCACGCCGGGCGACGAGCAUGACGCGAAAUUGAAAUGAUCUCGUAUUCGUGGAAGUUGAAAUAUUUCCAAAAUAUUUGCGUCUUCGGACCUACGAUAACACCUCAUAUAUUUACAGAGACCAGACGAAACUCUAUGUAUAAAUGUAUGUGUAUAAACCACAGACUGUCUAUGCUAGAAACAACAACGUCGCUGCCGUAUUUAUGCCUAGAUGACUUGGCAUAACCUGGCACUGAUCCAUCCAAACUCCAUUCAGAAAAUGAAGAUUUUAAAAAUUGUUUUAUUGUCGUCUUGUGGACAGACCCGACAAAGCAUGAAUUCAGACUUUUUACAAAUCAGCAUCAUUAUGUAGUUAUUUCGGCAUCAUUUUGAUCCAUUUAUUGCAAUUAAAUCACAGCCCAGUCUGUUUAUUUUGGGUUCAUACCGCAGUAGCGACAUGUGGUUUGCUAGAUACAGUCAGUGCAAUGGCACUGUAUGUGAAUACUUGGUGUGAAUGCGACAUUAGAAUAUAUCCCCCACAGCGACAACAGAACUACCUUUGUAAAGGUACACCAUAUUUUUCUCUCAAGCCAAUCAGAGCAGACUGGGCUUUUUCAGGAGGGGGUCUUUAAGAGACAGGCGCUUAAACCGAGCAUUUCAAACAGAGAGUGAAUACAGGUACAUUCAGACAGACAGGAUGAGAAAAAUAAUGUGUUUUUUGAACAUUACAGCAUGUAAACAUGUUCUAGUAGAAACCCAAAAUACAAGUAUGAACCUGAACAUUAGCAUGAUAUGUCCCCUUUAAGUUUAUAUUAAGCUUACAUGGUGGAUAUUCCCACAUAAAAUUGUGGUUUAUGGAAUUACCACAAACUAAUGAUUAAUUAUUAACUAAUACAAACACAACCCACAGAGAGUGGGAGGGAUGGGGGAGUCAACAGAGGCCCUGGGGGCCCUGUAGAGGGUUAAUUAGGCCCUCACUGUGAUAGGGACUACUUGUAAUCGAACUGUGUGCCUGAGAAACCUCAUCAGUGUUUUACAUUAAUAUCUUUAAAGGAACAGUUCGACCUUUUGGGAAACGCGCUUCUUUGCUCUCUUGCCAACAGUUAGAUGAGAAAAUCACACCGCUCUCAUAUCUGUCCAUUAGAUAUAUAAAGCUAGCAGGUUAGCUUAGCUUAGCACCAAGAUUGGAAGUAGCUAGGCUGGCUCUGUCCAAAGCUAACAGACUUCCAGCAUCUUUAAACUAAUGAAUAUGUUUGAUGAUCCCAUUUGUAUAAUCUAUACAAAAACAUGAAUGUAAAAGUGCUAAGUUGGUGUGUUAUGGGGGGGGUUAUGUGUCGGACUAUUUACUGGCAGCGUGCAAAGACUUCCUGGAGUCUCGUAAGCGUAUUUCCCAAAAUGUCUAAUUAUUCCUGUCACAAUAAAAACUCUUAGCCAGCAGAAGUACACCAGCUUUCAGUUAUGAGCCUAAAUAAUGAUUCAUAAGGAACAUAUUGACAUUGUGUGUUGUGUUUAUGUCUAUUAAUUGACUGUAGUAUUGCCAUUAAGCAGUAUUCCUUUUAAAACAACCAGCGGUGAGACUUGUUUUUAAAGUUGCUCUUUUUUUCUCUCUGUAAUUUGGUCCAAUAUUUUCAGCCAUUGUGUGACGUAAAUUUACAAUGCCGUGCCUCUGGUUGAAGUGGGAAAAUCUCAUGUGCUUCCUGGUAUAUAAAAGAGAAUGUAGUUUGCCCAGUAAGCUGACGCGGUCCAGGUCGUAAAACCAACCGUCACCGUGUCAACAACAGAUCACCUGCUUGGAUGGAUGACCUCUUAAACAGACCAAAAAAAACACUGGUGCAUAUGUAGUUCCUCUCCACUUUAUAAAGAAGUUAUUACACAUUUAAUUACACAAUCUUAUCAUUAGGGAGUAAGUGGAAGUGAGGACAUGAAUAAUCAUUGACUACGUGACCAGUAGUCGGUGAAGUUAAUCAUUAACUCUGUGCCCAGUUCAAUAACCUUCAAUAGAAAGGUGUUUGUUUUAUGUUUUCAUAUUGUAUUUAUUUUUUAACUUUUUGUGGAGAAUGUCAUGCUGUAAUUGACGGGCAUUAGCCUAAAGCCUUGAUUUCAUUUGCUGAAGACCAAAAUGUACUGAAAUGAAAGUGGCUGAAAGUGUGUUCGCUUGCUGUUCUACGUCUCCUAAAGCCUACAGGUAGUGUGUGUGUGUCAGGAAGUCACUCAGUCAGUGAUAGAUGAUGCUUUUGGAAAACAGUGCGCCAACGCUGGAUCCCUGUGGGGUCGGUGUACUUUCCUCUGCAGCCCUGUGACACUCUCUACCUCAGGUGUUGUACAUGUGUAGAGCUCUGCCCGUCCCUGUUCCCCCAUCAGAACAGCGGCCUUGUCGGAGCCAUGUGACUUGAGAAAUAAACUACAAAGUCUUAGAGAAUGACCUCGCUGUCCAAAGCUUUGCUCUUUAAUGAAGUGCUUGCUGCUCAGAACCAAAAAUGCCUUUUUUUAAAGUAACUUCAACAGCGUUUACAUAUCCCCCCCCCCCAAAUAUAUAUUUUUAUUAUGAUUAAAUCACAUCCGUUGCCUUUCAAUUCAAUCUUUUUAUAGCAAACAUUUUUUCUUUUCCGUCAUAGCACUUCCCUUAUGUUAUGUUUAUAGCAUUUUAUUGUGAAUUUGCUGUUAUUAUUUUUGCCUCGCAUCUAAUCAAACCACUGGCUUUAUUCAGAAUAUCUGUGUAUGCAUUUUGUUUUUGCUGCAAGCGCAGAUAAAUAUUCACUUUAUCUGCAAGAAAUGCAUCAUUGCUUCUUUCAUCCUAUUUUAGCAUAUUAUUUUUGUCUUAAUUUCUGUUCAUGUAUUGCAUAGUUUUGUUUUUUGCUUAUCUCUCAUGAGUUAUACCCCAAAAAUGUUUUCUACUAAAAUAUAACUUUUCCUAUCUGCUGCAGGGUGUGUGGUGAACUACAGUAUAUGCAAUGUAAUAUUAUAUUAUGUAAACACAAUCAGAUUUCAGCAUUUUCAAGACAGUAAAAAAAAAAGAUGUUUACAUUU